AUGGAAGAACCAAGUAAUGAAUUUAUAGAUAUAGUUGCAACUUUAGGAAUAGAAGAUCGACAAAAGAAGAAGAAGAAGAAAAAGAAUGAUUUAAAGUCAAAAGCAAAACAAAGAUUUAAAGAGUAUACUUUAGAUGAACCUGAUAAAGUAGUAUCUUGGUUACUCUAUUUAAUGGUCAACAGUACUUUUAAAACUAUUAAAGAGAAAUCAGUACAGUUAAUAGAUAGAUUAUUUGAAAAAGAAGGACAAGACUUUAUAGAAUCAUUAUCAAAGGAAACAUUGGAUGCUGUCAAACAUGAAACACUCGAUUUACUUUCAUGUUACGAUCUUACAGACACUUUUACCACUCAUUUACAUGGUUUAGCUGCAUCACUUGCAAAUUAUUUGAUACCUCUAGGUCUUUGGGAUGAAAUGCAUAAACGUAUAAUAGAUUAUGAAAAAGAUAAAGUAAAAGAUGAAGAAGAAGAAGAAGAAGAAGAAGAAGAAGAAGAAGAAGAAGAAGAAGAAGAAGAUGAAGAAGAAGAAAAAGAUGAUGAAGAGAAAGAAGAAGAUUAUGAUGAAAAAGAAAAAUACAAUACUUUGGUAAUGCUAGAAAAAAAGUUGUUUAAUCAUGAUGGUAUCUCUGACGAAGACUAUAAAUCAUUGGUUACCAAUAUGUUAUUAGCUUUAAUACAAUCAAAUGUUCCAGGGGUUUUCAUCGAGACUGUUGUAACACGUUUGCUCAGCAUUUACAUGGAGGAUAAUCCAAUUUGGAUGCAACAACUCACUCCUCGGAUCAUUAGAACGCUUAUCACCGUUUUGGAUAGACAUUGUCAAAAGGGCUUCAAAGACAAAAGUACCAAAAGAAUGAUAUUUAACUAUCUUUCAUUGCUUGCUGGAAAUGACCCACAAGAGUUGAAUGAUGGUCACAUUUCAAGAAUCAUCUCUCAUUUGUACGAAUGGCUUUCCGAUGUAGAGGAUGUAUCAGUGGAAGAAUGGACAGAGAGUAAUAACAAGAUUGACAUUGACAGCCACUAUUUCAAAUUUCAAUUUGAUGGAGAGAUAGAUGAUGAAAACUUUUCAUCUCAUUUAAGUUCAAUAUUAAAGUCAAUAUUAAAAUUAAUUAAUGAUGGAAAUGUUAGAGUGAGAUGGGCAUCAUUACUUUGUUUAAUUCAAUUAUCGGUUAAUUAUAAAGAAUUAAUCACCAAAUCGAGAGACAAAAUAUUUAAACAUUAUAAUAAGAUUAUACCAAUUCUAUUAUCUUUAUUGGAGAGACAUCAUGGAACAAAAGAAUCAAGAGUAUUACGUAGUCGUACAAUCAAGGCAUUUUCAUUGUGCUGCGUCGUGUUUGAAUACAAGACAUUUUCAAGAGAUUUAUACCAGUUUAUGCAGUUUGUCAAAAAGAAUCAAAAUUCAUUUGAUUUGGCUGUUGAUUUAUUCAGAGCGUCCGAAUUGUUUAUUCGAGCGAUUGACAAGUCAUUUGAAGUAUAUUUACCAAUGAUCAUUAGAAUGAUUCUAAAUAUACUAGAGACACCAUUACCAAAUCAAGAACAAGAUACUGUAUCAUCACAAAAAGGCACGACAGUCAUCUUAUCGUCACUCAAAGUUUUAUCCAAUAUCAUGCAAAUAUCAGACGAUGGCAGAUAUUAUGAAUCUUUGGCACCAUUUGUUCACAGGUUGGUCGAUCCACUAUGCAAACUAUCUGCCUAUACACUCAACCCCAAAAUUCGAAUUUUAUCGCUUUGUUGUUUGCCCACCUGCCUUGUACUCUCCAAGAAACAAGGUAGUUCAAGAAACAAGUUGUUCACCAAGUUAUUCCAUCAUGGUCUGUGUUUUGACGAGCCAGAACUUCCAAUCGUUAUGGUCCGUAUCACAAUGGCAAAGAGUCUCUUGACAGAUAUGGGAAACGAUGCAAUGACAUUUGAUCAAGUUCAAUCGGUACUAGGUAUCUUUAAUAGGGUGGAACAAUGGAUAGAAGAUUUAGAAGCGGGCAACCUAACCCAGAUUGGAUUAUACACGGUGGUCGGCGCCUAUGGGUUGAUUACAGAGAUGGUUAAAUUCAACAUCACCGUAUCUGCACCUAUCAUUGCUUCAUCCGAUCUAAUGGACAGGAUUUGUCAAAAGUUGAACAGCAGUGCGGUGGGCGAAGGUGAUUUGGUCAAGAUUGUAAUACUCAACUUUUUGAUCGAGUAUUGCACGUAUGGUGGAGAUUUUGCAAUCAGCGCUUAUCCACAGAUUAUACCAGCUAUUAUCAAGUGUCUGACAAUCACCGAUGCAGAUAAUCGUGACACUAAACUUGUACAGAAAGCUUCGAUUGCACUUGGAGUGGCGGCACAACACGCCAAGGAUAGAUUCUCACCAUGGCUAUUGAACGUGUUACAUGCAUUCAACAACAUGUUUGCUUCACGGCCAUUAUUAUUUUUCAACAACAACAACAACAAACUGGUGAUCGAAUAUUCCAUCUCUAGUGUUGGUAAAAUCAUCCGAUACGUACCACAAGUCUCCAACUACCUUGGUACCAUUAUUCCAAAAUGGUUAAACAAAUUAAAUUUGAUAUCUGACAAGGAUGAAUGUGUAAUUUUCAUUGAUAAUCUAUGUGCUAUUAUCCGACUCUAUCCCGAUCAACUGAUGGGUCACCAAUACGAGCAUGUUGAAAGUAUACACAAUAUCAUUAUCGAAUAUAUGAAAACUUGUCAACAACCACAACAAAAAGAAUUACUCUAUCAAACAUGGUUAUUUAUCAAAGAAUCGUUUGAAGAAAAUUGGGACAAUGUGAUACCAGAAGAUAAAAAGAAAAGAAUAUCAAAAUUGGUAGUACACUUUUGA